AUGUCGCUGGUGCAGUUCCUUGUACAGAACGAGCCAUCAUUCCGCGAAUCUCGCCUACCAUCGCUCUACUCUGACCUCUCGAACUUACGCGCCACCAACCCCGAAGGCUUCGCCGCCAAUUCGCACGCGUGGACGUCCGCACUUACCUUACUUGCUGUCUCAGGCAACCUUCCGACGGAGCAGCGUAUCAUACUAUCAACUUCCGAUAGCCUUCUGAGCGUACUUUCGUCGCCUACUUAUGGACGACCAGUCGGCCUCGGCGCCGUGUUGGACGAUGCGGUGCGCGAUGGCAAAAUGAUAGAUAUGUCGGACUUUGCAAGCGCAGACAAGAGCAUAUAUGCCAGGACAUGGCUACCGAGCCCUUGGGUCAUACUGAAGUGGAGCCUACGCACAGCUGGUGUGCUAGGUCCUGGUAGCUACAACAAGUCUGGAAAUCUCAAGGCUGGGAAUCUUGUGCUCGUUCCGGUUCUGGAGGACAUCACCAAGAAACUGUUAGCCUGGCAGCAGCGGCAGGGACAGUCUCCAACAGACCGCAUAUACACACGAGAGGCUUUCGGAUCGGUCAUAUCUGAGCUGCUAUCUACGGCUCAGCACUCCACGCCGCUAAAUGCCAAAGACUUGGAAGUGCUGCUACUCUAUCUAUCUCGCGACAACCCAAUCCUCACGUACGACGACAAGACUGUCAAACUCAAGCCACUAACCUCGACGCGACCUGAGCCAAUUACUCCAGAGGAUAGCGCCGUCGCCAAUCUCAAAUCAUUGAUAUCGUCGCUCACACUUCAGACGACAGCACUGGAAGCCAGUGUAAACGAGAACCAACAACGCGCAGCCAGUGCAGUCACCGCCAAAAACAAAACCACCGCGCUCGCCGCGCUACGAUCCAAGAAGUCCGCAGAACGCGCUCUUGCGCAACGCACAGCCACCCUCCAGCAACUCGAAGACGUCUACACCCAGAUCCAGCAAGCCGCAGAUCAGGUCGAGGUCGUAGCGACACUCAAAACAUCCGCAUCGGCGCUCAAGACCCUCAACAAGAAAGUCGGCUCGGUGGAUAGCGUGGAUGCCGUCCUCGACGAGUUGCGCGAGGAGAUGCAGAAGACGGGCGAAGUACAGCAGAUCAUCUCGGAACCGCUCGGCGACGCCGGCGCCGCGGACGUGGCGGACGCGGAAGUCGACGACGAGCUAGAGGCUAUGGAGCGCGAGGAGCGCCAGAAGGAGGAGGAGCUGAAGGUCAAAGAGACAGAGGCGCGGUUGAAGGAGUUGGAGGACCUACAACAGAAGCAGAAACAGCAAGAAGAGGAGAGGAAGGCGCAAGAGGAAAAUACAGAAUUGGAGGCGCAAUUGGCGAAGAGUGUGGAGGAUAUGCGGAGCCUGGACCUAGACGGCAGAAAGAUCGACGAGCGCAAACAAGAGAUGCCGAAGGAAGCGGUGCAGGAAGCUUCUUGA